AUGGCCAAGACAGACAACAAACGAGAGACACACAGUGUACAAGACAUUACAGAGAGACACCAAACGAGAGACACACAGUGUACAAGACAUUACAGACAGACAACAAACGAGAGACACACAGUGUACAAGACAUUACAGAGAGACAACAAACGAGAGACACACAGUGUACAAGACAUUACAGACAGACAACAAACGAGAGACACACAGUGUACAAGACAUUACAGAGAGACAACAAACGAGAGACACACAGUGUACAAGACAUUACAGACAGACAACAAACGAGAGACACACAGUGUACAAGACAUUACAGAGAGACACCAAACGAGAGACACACAGUGUACAAAACAUUACAGACAGACAACAAACGAGAGACACACAGUGUACAAGACAUUACAGAGAGACACCAAACGAGAGACACACAGUGUACAAGACAUUACAGACAGACAACAAACGAGAGACACACAGUGUACAAGACAUUACAGACAGACAACAAACGAGAGACACACAGUGUACAAGACAUUACAGACAGACAACAAACGAGAGACACACAGUGUACAAGACAUUACAGACAGACAACAAACGAGAGACACACAGUGUACAAGACAUUACAGACAGACAACAAACGAGAGACACACAGUGUACAAGACAUUACAGACAGACAACAAACGAGAGACACACAGUGUACAAGACAUUACAGACAGACAACAAACGAGAGACACACAGUGUACAAGACAUUACAGACAGACAACAAACGAGAGACACACAGUGUACAACACAUUACAGACAGACAACAAACGAGAGACACACAGUGUACAAGACAUUACAGAGAGACAACAAACCAGAGACACACAGUGUACAAGACAUUACAGAGAGACAACAAACGAGAGACACACAGUGUACAAGACAUUACAGACAGACACCAAACGAGAGACACACAGUGUACAAGACAUUACAGAGAGACACCAAACGAGAGAUAUACAGUGUACAAGACAUUACAGACAGACAACAAACGAGAGACACACAGUGUACAAGACAUUACAGACAGACAACAAACGAGAGACACACAGUGUACAAGACAUUACAGACAGACAACAAACGAGAGACACACAGUGUACAAGACAUUACAGACAGACAACAAACGAGAGACACACAGUGUACAAGACAUUACAGACAGACAACAAACGAGAGACACACAGUGUACAAGACAUUACAGACAGACAACAAACGAGAGACACACAGUGUACAAGACAUUACAGACAGACAACAAACGAGAGACACACAGUGUACAAGACAUUACAGAGAGACAACAAACCAGAGACACACAGUGUACAAGACAUUACAGAGAGACAACAAACGAGAGACACACAGUGUACAAGACAUUACAGACAGACACCAAACGAGAGACACACAGUGUACAAGACAUUACAGACAGACAACAAACCAGAGACACACAGUGUACAAGACAUUACAGAGAGACACCAAACGAGAGACACACAGUGUACAAGACAUUACAGACAGACACCAAACGAGAGAUAUACAUGGUACAAGACCAUACAGACAGACACUGUCGUUAGACACAAAUGGUGCAAUACUAUACAGAAACAUACUAUAUAG